AAGGGGACAGAAGCCGCCAAGCCCGGCUCGCGAACUGGAGAGUUGAGUGGAGAACUCUGUUUGCAGAAGUGACAGGCAUAUUUAUGGAGCUGACUUUGAACAGCAGGAGCACUGCAGAACCCCAGGACCGUGCGGGAUUGUACUAGGAACGUGUGGAAGGAAACAUGGAGGAGAAACAUGAAUAGAAGGAUGAGAAGAAAGUUACUGUUAGGCCCAUCAGUCUCUGGUCAUAGGAAGCAAAGAUGCAAUUCUGAAAGCCAGAAAAUGGCAUGAGGGAACCAUGGAUGAUUCCUUUCUUUUUUUCUGACUUUUUUUUUGUUUGUUUCGUUUCCAAACUUUCUGUGACAAGCCAUACUUUAUAACCAAAGAAAACCCUGAUAUACUGAGUGUUGUCACUUAAGCCAUUUUACCUGACUCGGGUUAUAUAUGGUUGUGAUUUACACCUCCAGUCUCUGACAGUGAGUGAUGCAUUUGGAGCCACUCUGUAUAUCAACUCUGAGACACUGGAAAUACAGCUAUGAGUUAAACACAGUCAAGGGCAUAGGGAGAAGACAAUUCCAAUGUGAACUCCUUCUCAUGUGUUGGUUCAUCCAUAAAAGGAAGGACAGUUGUUGAAGUGGAGGAGAACGUAAAAGAACGGUCAUCUAAUUUUCUUAAAUUUUUACAAUGUAGUACUUCUACUGAAGAUUCUCCAGAGUUAUGAAGUGAAAAAUGUGCUAAUUUUUAGUUUUAUUUUGGAAACAUUAACUGAUAUUUGACUAGAAACUGUAGUCAUUAACAUACCUAUAACUCUUACAAUAAAGAGAAGAGGUAUAAGAACUGACUUAACCUUUCUUGGGUGGCAUUGCAAUUUCUGAACUUCACUUUUUUUAGCUAUUCUCUUCAGUUGUCUGAUCAAGAAGUGAAUAGCUUCUUGCUACUUCCAGAGGGAAAAUGAAGUUUCUUUUAUAGAAGGAAGGAAGCGCUACUGUGAAUAGUUACAAUACUAAUGAAAAAGCUUUUGGAACAGACCGUCACCAUGUUUAGAUCUUAGCAAGCGCCCGUGUGUGUGCCCGAGUCUGAAAAUGGCAGAGGGAAGCAGCAAUGAAGAGGUGAUUCACCUGAACAACUUUCACUGCCACCAGGGACAAGACUGGAUCAAUCUCAGAGAUGGACCCAUCACCAUAUCUGAUGACUCUGAUGAGGAAGGAAUUCCGAUGAUGAUCACGCCAGCUCCUCAGCAACACGACGAAGAGGACCUGGAUGACGAUGUCAUCCUGACAGAAACAAGUAAACCUCAGACAUCACGACCCAAUCUCAUCAAACCAGCUGCCCAGUGGCAAGAUCUCAAAAGUUUGGGAGAAGAAAGGCCUAAAAAGUCUAGAGCAGCUUUUGAAUCAAAUAAGAACAACUAUUUUGCAGUGUAUAACAGCUCAUUGUUUGAUUCUGGGACACAGGGUGAUUCUGAGGAUGACUACGGUGAAUUUCUGAAUCUUGGGCCUCCUGGAGUGUCUGAAUUCAUGAAGCCUAGUGGCCAAACAGAAAGAGAACCCAAGCCUGGACCAAGUCAUAACCAAGCAGCAAGUGAUAUUGUCAAUCCCGGAUCAGGGCCAAAAGUCUUUAUCUGGAGAAAAGGUGGCCUCCUUAUUCCAGAUAGUGACCCUUUGGACACCCAGAACCAGUCAUCUGAGUCAUCUGAAGACUCAGAGUCAGACCUGCUAUCAAACCUCGGGGAGUCGGCUGCUAUCCUAGAUGAGCAGGCCAUCGAGGAAGACUGCUGGUUAGACCACCCGUACUUACAGCCUCUGAACCAGCAGCCCCGAGAGGUCACAAACCAGGUUGUUCCUCAGGAGCGGCAGCUUGGACCAGAACUGGGCCCACUGUUCUUUCAGCACGAGCCCCUAGGGCUGGCUUUCCCAAGGCCCGCAUUUCCAAGACCAGCACCCCAGCAGGAUGGGAUUCCAGGCCCCUCUUCUCCUCAGCCUGCCCACCCUCUAGGAGAGCUGGAGGACCAACAGUUAGCAAUAGAUGGAGACGAGCCAGGCCCAGCCUUUCCACUACAAGGAUCUCAGGAGCCCCAUUUGGAAAACCUCUGGGGGCAAGAAGCUACUGAGGGAGAUCAAGAAGCCGUUGCACUAUUAGUGAAAGAAACAGAAAUAAGAUUUCCAGAUGUAGCAACUGGAUAUAUUGAGGAAAUAAUUCAUUUGAAGAAUUACUAUGAUUUGAAUGUAAUUUGUAAUUUUCUUCUGGAAAAUCCAGAUUAUCCAAAGAGGGAAGACCGAGUGAUGAUCAACCCCAGCAGCAGCCUGCUUGCCAGCCAGGAUGAGACGAAGUUGCCCGAGAUAGAUUUUUUUGACUAUUCCAAAUUGGCUCCUCUUGACCAGCCCUGCUUCAUCCAAGCUGCUGACCUCCUGAUGGCUGACUUCAAAAUGCUCAGCAGUCAGGACAUCAAGUGGGCUCUGCAUGAGCUCAAAGGACACUAUGCAAUCACCCGAAAGGCCUUUUCUGAUGCCAUUAAAAAAUGGCAGGAGCUAUCUCCAGAAACCAGUGGGAAAAGGAAAAAGAGAAAAGAAAUGAAUCAGUAUUCUUACAUAGAUUUCAAGUUUGAACAAGGCAACAUAAAAAUAGAAAAGAGGAUGUUCUUUCUGGAAAACAAGAGGCGGCACUGCAGGUCCUAUGACCGGCGUGCCCUCCUUCCGGCUGUGCAGCGGGAGCAGGAGUUCUACGAGCAGAAAAUCAAAGAGCUGGCAGAGCAUGAAGACUUUUUGCUUGCUCUGCAGAUGAAUGAAGAACAGUAUCAAAAGGACGGCCAGCUGAUCGAGUGCCGCUGCUGCUAUGGGGAGUUCCCGUUUGAGGAGCUGACACAGUGUGCAGAUGCUCACCUGUUCUGCAAGGAGUGUCUCAUCAGAUACGCCCAGGAGGCCGUCUUCGGGUCUGGAAAGUCAGAGCUCAGCUGCAUGGAAGGCAGCUGCACGUGCUCGUUCCCCACCAGUGAGCUGGAGAAGGUGCUUCCACAGACCGUCCUGUGUAAGUACUACGAGCGGAAAGCGGAGGAAGAAGUCGCUGCAGCCUACGCGGAUGAGCUUGUCAGGUGCCCCUCCUGUAGCUUUCCUGCUCUGCUGGACAGCGAUGUGAAGAGGUUCAGUUGUCCCAAUCCUCGCUGCCGUAAGGAGACCUGUAGGAAGUGUCAGGGACUCUGGAAAGAGCACAACGGCCUCACCUGCGAAGAGCUGGCUGAAAAAGAUGACAUCAAGUACCGAACAUCCAUUGAAGAGAAAAUGACUGCUGCUCGCAUUAGGAAAUGCCACAAGUGCGGGACCGGCCUCAUCAAAUCCGAGGGCUGUAACCGCAUGUCCUGCCGCUGCGGGGCCCAGAUGUGCUACCUCUGUCGAGUGUCCAUCAACGGGUAUGACCAUUUCUGCCAGCACCCUCGCUCUCCGGGAGCCCCCUGCCAGGAGUGUUCGCGGUGUUCUCUCUGGACCGACCCCACGGAAGAUGAUGAGAAGCUAAUUGAGGAAAUCCAGAAGGAGGCCGAAGAGGAACAGAAAAGGAAGAAUGGAGAGAACACCUUCAAGCGCAUCGGGCCUCCCUUGGAGAAGCCUCCAGAGAAAGUCCAGAGGAUCGAAACGCUGCCAAGACCUGUCCCACAGAACUUGCACCAGCCACAGAUCCCCCCCUACGCCUUUGUGCACCCGCCCUUCCCCCUGCCGCCGGUCCGGCCCGUAUUCAACAAUUUCCCCCUCAACAUGGGUCCCAUCCCAGCACCCUAUGUGCCUCCUCUGCCCAACAUCCGGGUCAACUACGAGUUUGCCCCUGUCCACCUGCCUCUAGAGCACAACCUGCCCAUGCACUUUGGCCCCCAGCCGCGCCAUCGCUUCUGACACCUGCGCUGUGCCCACAGCACUGUCCGAUCCCUAAUAAAGCUGAAGUGACAAAUGGUGCCGUUUGGAGAGAGCGGUGAGGCAGGAGUGCCGCCGAGGCCGGGCCUGCAGCUGCUCCGGUGCCCGAGGGCCUCCUGGGUGGCGCCCUGCUGCUCCGGGCCCAGUCGCUGGUCCCAGCAAAAAGGGCAGAGCGGUAGCCACAGGCCCAAGAGCACCACUCAGGUGGGAAGGCUGCAGGCCGUGUGCCCCCUGUGCGGGAUGCCACGGUGACAGCUCAGGGUCCUCUGCCCUCCUGGCCCACUCAGACGAGACCAUCUUGCACUGUAGGUUCUGUUCUGAUUUGUCCAAGGCGUUCGCUGUUUCCUUGGGGUUCACUGGCCCUCCACGGCCCACGGGGUGCUGCUCUGUCUCUGGGAAGGCCAGUGUGCUCCAAGUCAGGCGGCUCUGUCACCAGCCUGGCAACGAGCGGCUUCCCUAAGGUUGGUGGGGGCAGUGGUGCCCCCCCACCCAAGAAGCUGCCCUGCCAGGUGCUCUGUAGGCCCAGCAGCUGCCUUUCUCAAGGUUAAGUUGUUCAGCCGUCUGCGUGAGGUCCCUGCCAUGUUCUCAAUGCCUUUUCUUAUCUAGCCCCAGCCUGGGGUUUGGGCCACUUCUGAGGCUUUGCCCCCUCCCCGGCCCCCCACUGUGGAAUGUCAGCCCCCCGGGCCGCAGAGCAGAGGCCUCUGCAGGACUGCGCCUCUGUCUCCCUGGGUUGGCCUGUUUCUGUUGCUGUGGCUCUGAGGUCGGUGGGGUCCCAGGAGCUCAGCACAGCCACGACCUCCCAGUGAGUCGAGGCCUGUCCCUGACAUGGCUCGUGCUCCUACCGCCAGAGGCCUGCACUCCCCAGCCUGCUCCCUGCUUUUGGGACCACACGUUGCUGUCUGCUUACCCACUGCUGUCAACUUCUUAGAUGUAUUUCAAGAAUUAAAAUGUAGGCCUGCUGAGUUGCGCCUCCCUGCCCUUCCGGUGGUGGGGCCCUUUGCAGGCAGACGGUCAUCUGGGCGGCGUGCGGACAGGCCUGCUCUGAGUUUGCACUGCCUGCAGCAUCUCCCUGGGGGCCACCUGCUCCUCACCGCCAGCCUCGAUGGCAGUGACAAGUACCUUGGAAGCAUGUUUCCUGUGUUUCCCCAAAGGGAGUGUCUGAGAGCCAUCAGCCCACCACAGACAUUCCACCAGAUGGGGAGAGUGACUGCAGGCAUGUCCUGUCCCACUAAUGGCCGCUCACCCUGGCCUCCUGGGCCUGAGCAGGUCAUCCCACCUCGGCCCCACAGCUCAGGUGAUGGGGUUCCAUGGAGGGUUUUGGGCAGGUGGCAUGCCCCUGUCACGGCCAUCCAGGAAGUCCCCUAGGACCUGGCAUGUGAAGAACCGGAAUAAUGGUUUCCCUCAAGGCCAAUCUGAGGACUUGUCCUUUGUGGAGAUUUUGGGCUGUUUCUAGGCCACAGCUGCUCAGGAGGCAUUUCUGCCGGUACCUGGUCCCUGACAUUCUGCUUACCAGAUGUAGGACAGUCCCUGCCCUGAGUUCCGACCCCCCACGACCCACUGGGCUCCUCAGUGUUGCAGAGGCAGGACCGAGACGUGGGCUCCUCCAGAAGCACGUUCUCGUGAUGGGGUUUGGGAGCCAGAUGGGACCAUAAUCACUUGACAAGCCAGCACUGAGCCGUGAGUUGCCAAUGACAGUGAGCCCACGGAGGUCAGCCCGCCUGGGGAAAAGCAGGAGUCCCAGAGGCACCUGGCACCUUCCCCUCGGGGCAAGUGCUUGCUCCCCAGAGCAGGACACUGGCCAGCCACAGUCCCGUCCCACUUGCCUUAAAACUGGACAGGAAUCUAGUAUUUGCACUUAGCCAACAAUUGUAAAACUUUUUUAAAGUGCAUGACCUGUUAUUUUGUAUAAAAAUAGCAAAGUUGAUUAAGUUCUUUUCUUUCUGGUAGUAAAAGUACAUAAAAUACCUGUUUUAACUACUGUGUGUAAAAAGCCUGUAUCAUAUGUACCUUGGACUUUUUUGUAAAUAAAUGUUUGUGCGCUCUG